AUGUCACCAACGCCCACCCGCACCCUCACCAUCAACCCGGCCCCCUUCCGCUCCUCUCCCCUCGCAAUUCCACCCUCCCCCUUCUCCCCACGUCUCCCACUCACGCCCCCGGCCAGCAAACCCGUCUCGAUAGCCUCGACCGACUCCGACUCCGACUCCAGCAGCACCACUUCAACCUCAACCUCAACCAAACGCGCCCUCACAUCGCCUACCACGCCGCUCUCCCCGCCCCCGGCCCCCGCCCUCCGCUGGAUCUGGCAAUGCCACAUCUGUAAGUCCGUCUACCCGCUCGGCGCGACGCGGCGCUGCCUCGACGACGGGCACUUUUUCUGC